UAAAUUCUCAGAUGAUUAGAAAAAUUUUUGAAAAAUCUAACUUUCGGAUAAUUGCAAAAUAUGUACAUUCUAAUAAUUACAAUUUUGGCAAGAAAAUAAUUCCAUUUAAUCUUUCUGAUAUUGGUGAAGGCAUUAAGGAAGUUGUUGUUAAAGAAUGGUACAUCAAGCAAGGAGACACCAUAAAGCAGUUUGAUAGGCUAUGCGAGGUUCAAAGCGAUAAAGCCAGCGUUACCAUUAGUUCAAGGUAUGAUGGUACCGUCGCCAAAUUACACGCAUCCGUUGAAGACACCGUAAACGUCGGUCAUCCAUUGAUUGACGUUGAAAUUUUUGAAGAAAAUUCGGGUGGGCGUGAGGAAAAUGACACGAAACAGAUGGUGAAUGAUGAAGGAAGCGAGAAAAUAGAUAGUGACAAAACAGGUUUUAUUAAAAAAUCAACGACUAAAUUGGAUAAAGGCGAAGAAUUUCUACGAUCCACGAGGAAUGCCAAAUCUAUACCUAUGGUCAGAAAAUUGGCAAAGGAUUUGGGGAUAGUUGAUUUGGGGAUGAUUUCGGGAACUGGCCCUGACGGGCGAAUAACAGAAGGUGACGUUAGAAAUUACGUUUCAGGAGGUAGUAUCAAAAGUGGUAAAAUUAUUUUGCAAGAUCUACGUUCAUCGAAUAUCGAAAAACUUAAAGGUGCCAGGAAAGCCAUGAUAAAAUCCAUGAACAAAAAUUUAACCAUACCACAGUUCGUAUUGACUGAAGCUAUACAAGCCGACCCAUUGUUGGACCUGAGAAAACGGACUAACCAUUUGAUCCGGCCCGCUAAGUUGAGUCUUAUGCCAUUCAUAAUCAAAACAGCUUCCAUGGCCUUGACAAAAUUUCCCAUUAUGAAUAGCACAUUCGAAGAAACCGAAGAAACACUAUAUUAUAAGAGUGAUCAUAACAUAGGCGUGGCUAUAGACACUGACUGCCUUGAUCUGGGCCUUAUAGUGCCUAACAUAAAAAAGGUGCAAGAUCUAUCCAUUAUCCAAAUAGGCCAAGAUUUGGAUCGAUUAAUCCAGCAAUGCAAAAUGGAAAAAAAACCUAAAAUGGAGGAUUUGAAGGGGGGAACCUUCACCAUUUCUAAUAUUGGAGCGAUAGGCGGACUCCACUCCAUGCCCUUGAUCCUAUGGCCGGAAGUUGCCAUAGUAGCUAUAGGCAAAAUUACGGAUACCAUUCACAUUUCAGAACCGAGUAUCCACAAAUUGGAUUCAUCUGAAGGUGGCUCGAAAGAAAAAAUACGAGGAAUAUUGGAAAGAUUCAACUCGGAAAUACGCCAAAAUAACCCAGAGUCACUAUUAGCGUAUAACGAUCGCUCUAACAUGAAAUCAGCAUUACUCGGAGAAAAUUCUGAAAGUGAUCGGAAACUCAAAACUCUGUUAGCGAAAUUGCAAUCGGCUAUAAGCGAGGAUUCCUUGAUUUCGAGGUUCAAAGUGAGCAAAACUUUCCAUUUCAGUGUCAGCGCCGAUCACAGAAUUAUAGAUGGCGCUACCGUAGCCAAAUUUUUAACCUAUUGGAAAUCGCUCUUGGAGAACCCUCAAUUUAUGAUCGCCCAACUCAAAUGAAAUUAAUUUAUUAGGAUAUAAUUAAGGGACCAACCAAAAAGACAAAGAAAAUUCACAAUUAUAGACCCGACGGUCUGACCACUAUCCCAUGGGCUAAUCUCUUAUUUUGGAUUAUAUACGUGUGAGUCAUUCUUCCCCAUUAAUAUUAAUAGUAACUUGCUUACUCAAGCAAAGACCGAAAAAAUAAACAAAUACGAAAGCCUCAGUAAUUAGACAUUUUGCUCCUAUAACUUUAUUAAUUAGCUCACAAAAUUAAAUGGCAAAUACUUGAACCUGGGGAAUCCCUAUUCCUUACACAGAACAUACAAAUCAAUAUUUUUAAAUGUAA